AUGACCUCUGCGCCAAAAUUUGAGGAGGAUUCCAACUAGCAUCUCCCAUUAAUCUUUCUAGCUUCUCAUUGUCAAUAGGUAGGGGAGGGGUGAUUAGGUGAGAUGGAGGCUGCUUCGACCAUCUCCAUGGCCACCUUACUUCUAGUCUUGGGCACCCUCUUAGCACUCCCGGAGCUUUCGCUCGCGAGCAUAACAAGGCACUACAAAUUCGACAUACAAAGGAAAAAUGUUACGCGACUGUGCCACACCAGGAGCAUCGUGACGGUGAAUGGAGAGUUCCCCGGGCCUAAAAUUGUCGCAAGAGAGGGCGAUCGUGUGAUCGUUAGGGUCGUCAACCAUGUCAAGAACAAUGUCACCAUUCACUGGCAUGGAGUUCGGCAGAUACAAACUGGAUGGGCAGAUGGACCGGCAUAUGUUACCCAGUGCCCGAUACAGACAGGCCAAAGCUAUGUCUACAACUUCACGAUCGUGGGCCAAAGAGGGACACUCUUUUGGCAUGCCCACAUUUCUUGGAUGAGGGUCACCCUCUACGGGCCCAUCAUCAUCCUUCCUAAACGUGGGGUUCCCUACCCUUUCGCCAAACCAUACAAGGAAAUCCCUAUUAUGUUUGGAGAGUGGUUUAAUACUGAUCCUGAGGCAGUAAUAGCUCAGGCUCUACAGACAGGUGCAGGCCCCAAUGUCUCCGAUGCUUACACCAUUAACGGGCUCCCCGGUCCCUUGUACAAUUGUUCAAAAGAUACGUUUAAGCUGAAGGUGAAGCCCGGGAAGACGUACCUCCUCCGCAUGGUCAACGCUGCACUCAACGACGAGCUCUUCUUCAGCAUCGCCAACCACACGCUCACCGUCGUCGAUGUCGACGCCAUCUACACGAAGCCCUUCAAGACCGACAUCAUCCUCAUCACGCCAGGCCAAACCACCAACGUUCUCCUCCAAACCAAGCCCAGCCUCCCCUGCGCCAGCUUCCUCAUGGCCGCCAGGCCCUACGCCACCGGUCUCGGAGCCUUCGACAACACCACCACCGCCGGCCUCCUCGAAUACCUACCACCCGGCGUUUCCUCCCCCUCAACUCCAUCCAAGAACCUCACACUCUCGAGACCGACUCUACCAUCACUCAACGACACCGCCUUCGCCGCAAACUUCACCGGCAAGCUACGUAGCUUGGCAAACGCUCAGUUCCCGGCGAACGUGCCGCAGACCGUGGACAGACGGUUCUACUUCACGGUAGGCCUCGGAACAAGCCCAUGCCCGACGAACCAGACCUGCCAAGGUCCCAAUGGCACGAAAUUUGCUGCCAGCGUGAACAACAUCUCCUUCGCGUUGCCGAGCACCGCCCUCCUGCAGGCCCACUUCUUCGGGCAGUCGAAGGGGGUGUACACGACCGACUUCCCGAGCAAUCCUCCCUUCCCCUUCAACUACACGGGGACUCCCCCAAACAACUCCUUCGUCACCAACGGGACCAAGCUGGUGGUGCUCCCUUUCAACGCGAGCGUGGAGCUUGUCAUGCAGGACACCAGCAUCCAGGGGAUCGAGAGCCACCCAUUGCACCUGCAUGGCUUCAACUUCUUCGUGGUGGGCCAAGGAUUCGGGAACUACGACCCGGCAAAGGACCCGGCCAAGUUCAAUCUUGCAGACCCAAUCGAGAGGAACACGGUCGGAGUGCCGGCUGGCGGCUGGGUCGCCAUCCGAUUCCGGGCCGACAACCCCGGUGUAUGGUUCAUGCACUGCCACCUGGACGUGCACACGGUCUGGGGCUUGAGGAUGGCGUGGGUGGUGAACGAUGGACCGCUCCCCAGUCAGAAGCUGCUGCCUCCACCGUCCGAUCUUCCCAAGUGCUAGACCUACCUUCGACCACCUCUUCAGGAUCCCUUACUCUUCUUAAUUUGGUGCAUUUUUUUGCUGUAACUAAUCCGCUCUUCUUUGUUACCAACCGAUCAUAAAAGGGUUUCAUUUGAGCGUGGCUUCUGGAAUUAACUCAUGCAGGACAAAGUGACGCGCUUGUUUUGUAAGGGAAAUACGCAUGCCAUCAAUUGGAUGGCAUGCAUUCGUUUCUUUCUCUAUUUCUUUCUUUCUUAUCCUUUUGUAAUUCUUAGCUUCUCAAACAAUAAAAGAUGUCUUCAAUUGUUUCUCCUGUA